AUGCGUUCUGCAGCUUUCUUCUUCGCUAUUGUAGCAGCCUGGUCUUCUACAUUGGCCAUUUUCUCUGCCCACAGAGCGGGAACUCUAUCAAUUCACUGCCAUGACUUCCAUGCGAACUACUACCUGUACAAGCAGGAAAUCGCCCGGCUGGCCGCCAUUGAUGUUCCCUACUACUCCUUCAGCAUCUCGUGGAACCGCAUCCUUCCCUUCGCCGGGGUAGGCACUCCCGUUAACAAGGCGGGAAUCGACCACUACGGUGAUGUGAUCAACACAUGCCUCGAGUACGGGAUCAAGCCUGUGGCCACCAUCGUGCAUGUGGACGAACCAUACGAGUUUAUUAUGGACGGCAGGGACGUGGAUGGAGUCUAG